GCAGUGGCUGCUGGGAAGACGCGCAGUCCAGGGAGGUGGCAAACUGAAAGGUUUCUUCUUCAGGUAAACAUCACUGGGAAGGGCUCUUCCUCCGGACACAAUGGCUGCAAAUGAGAACUUAGAAGAUCAAGACAAGCUGAAGAGGGGUCUAGUGAAGGUUCUGGAAUGCGUGGCCACCAUCUCGUCUGCAGCAGCGGUGGUCAAUCCCAUCUUCGGCAUGGCUGGUUCUCUCAUCCGGGUGGUUCUACAUCAUGUGGAUGACGAAGACGUUCAGAAACUCAAGCGUGAGUUUGGCAGCGUGACUCGAGCCCUGGAUGAAAUCUCACAGCAGAACCAGAAUGUAUUGCUUCAGAUCAGGAAGGAGACUGUGGAUGGCCUGUACUGUCGUGUAGAAGAAAACAUUCGUAGUCAGUUCUCCAAAUUCAUGGACACUGUGGAGGUAUCGGCAGCACACGAACAGCGCAAGAAAGAAUUUGAAAUGAGCUUUGUGAUCAAUCAGUGUGACCAGAACUUGUACACGCUGUACGGCGGUGUGAUGGGCGAAUCGAAGCUCUUCAGUCAGUCCAUCCUAGAGGUCUACAUGAAACAUUCACAGGGCGACCAGCGUGUCAUGGAAAACCUCUGCACUCGACUCACAUACCUGUUCUGCAUCGGCCUCAUUGCUCUGAUGAGUUACGCUGCCAUCGUCGGGGAUGAUGAGGAAGCUCUGCGCAUCGAGUGGGAAGAGAAAAUGAAAGAUGUGGCCAAAAAGAUGUCAGAAGUGUUAAACAGUUAUGAGUGAUUCUACCUCAUGUGACCUUUUCCACAACUUCUAUUUUACCUAUCUUUCUAUGUUCUUUAUCUAUUUUACCUGUCAUUUCCCUAGCAACUGCUGUCCAUAGUUGUCUAUCUAUUCAUCUAGUUGUCUGUCUCACUUAAAACAAUGUAGCAGCGGCUUGCAACCACCCUGAACAACCUGUUAACCCAUACUGUAUUGUUUUGAAACAAAAGUUAU